AUGCCUCACAAGCACAAGCGCCGUGAAAAGGAUGAAGCCCACUUCAACCUGCCACCCUCGGUGAUCGCAAAGGCACUGCCGGUGCGCGAUCCUAACGCCAAACCCAAGGUUUCCACCAAGCCCGGAAAGAAGAGACCGAAGCCAUCAGGACCGAAGCGGCCGCAAGAGCCCGCCAAGAAAGUAUCCGUCCCUGCGACCUCCCGACGCAAGAAUGCAGGCGAAGACGACACCCCGAAAGCCUUCCAGCGGUUAAUGCAGUUCCGAACCACCGGCAAGCGGGCACCCUCUGGACUCGAGACCGGGGAGAAGAAACAAAACAAGAAGCGCAAGCGCGAUGGAGAAGAUAAAGGAACCCCGCAAAAGAAACAAACCCCAGCUGAGUCCCAGCCGACCGAGCCCACCCCCAAAGAGAAGAAGCAGGUCGUCCCGAAGAUCCUACCCGGCGAGAGGCUAGCAGACUUUGCUGCGCGUGUUGACCGCGAGCUCCCUCUCUCGGCGAUGACCAGGAAUACCCAGGGUGCUGUCAAGGUCCGCGACCACAAGAUGACGAAGCACGAGAAGCAUCUCCGCCGACUGCAGGCUGGUUGGCGUGAGGAGGACGCUAAAAUCAAAGAGCGGGAGCAGGCUGAGCGGGAAGAGCGGGCUGCUGAGAUGGAGGACCACCUUGAUAUUUUGAAGGAGUGGGAACUUGAGGCUCGCGGUGGAAAGGCAAAGAAGAAGGGAACUGUUCCAAAGAAGAAGAAGAAGAGCGCUCAGGGUGAAGAUGAUGCUGUGGAUAGCGGUGACGAUGACCCCGAUCCGUGGGCGAAGCUUAAGAAGCGCGAUAAGGAGAGGCAGACCAAUCCGUUUGAUGUCGCACAGGCGCCGCCGCAGUUGACGAAGCCUCGGGAGAUCUUCAAAAUUCGUGGUGGUGCUAAGGUUGAUGUUGCCAAUGUGCCGAAUGCUGUUGGUAGUUUGAGGCGGCGAGAGGAGCUGGCAGGGGAGCGCAGAAACAUUGUCGAGGAGUACAGACGGUUGAUGGCCGAGAGACGGAAGUGA